AUCAUCUUUCCACUCACACCCACCUUGCCAAACACUACUAGCAGAGGAAACAAAAGCUUCCCCCUUCAUUUCCCUUGAUGGUUUUAUCCCCGGCUCCCCGCCUGCACCUACUAUCGAUUUCUAUCGAUUAAACAAUUCAUGUGGCGACCAGACGCCGAAUUGUCAAUUCGCAUUUCGUAGGCCAUCCCUAGAACUGUACACAAAAGACUUUCUUCUUCUGCCUUCGCUUCCGUGUGCAUCUCUCUCUCCUUGGGCUAUAUAAGCCGAAAUUCAGUAGCAACUAGAUAAAUCAGCCCAGUCACCAAAAAAAAAAUCUUGAUAACUCGGAGUCCGGUGAAUAUCCUGCUUUCCUAAAUAUAGGGUUGCUCUCAAGUUUGAUCAUUUUCCCAUUUCUGAUUCUGGGUCUGACUUGGUUCGAUUUCGAGAGCUUGCUUUCUGGGAUUGUGUAUGUGUUUAUAGCUUUUUGAUUGGGUAGCUUGUUUCUCUUAUUCGGAAUAGGUCAAAAUCUGUUGCGUGUAGCGAUUCAAUUAUCCGGUUUUGGAUAAUUUCUUUUUGGGGUAUUCAUCUUAUUCGUUAUAGAAGUCGUGUUCUAGGUUCCAACAAUCGUGCUUGCCUGCAAUUGUUUUCAUAUAUCUUGCAGGUUUGCCUCUAUUUCAAUAUCAUUUCGUCAUUUCCCAGUUGAAAUUCACUGCUAAACCCUAAAAAGUUCCAGAAUUUUGAAGCUGAUUUUGGUGAGUUUUCUCUUGUUUCGUCUGAAAGGCUGAGCCUUUGUCAAAAUUCAGAAGUUUCGAAUCCGUAGUAUAAGAGAUAAGAAAGAUGACGAUUGGGAACAAUACAGCUCCCAAGAAAGAAAGGAAAUCUAGUAAAAAGGGGAAGCAAGUUGAUGAGAAUGCUCCCUUGCUUCCUAAAACGCAUGGUGAGGAUGGUGGUUUUGAUGAGUUCAAUGGAGCUUCUUUCCCAGGGGCUGUGUUCAAUUUGUCAACUACCAUUGUUGGUGCCGGGAUCAUGGCUCUGCCCGCCACCAUGAAGGUGUUGGGGCUUGUACUUGGGGUUGCCAUGAUCAUCUUUAUGGCGUUCUUGACAGAGGCGUCAAUUGAAUUGUUGCUUAGGUUUAGCCGGGUAUCCAAGAGUUCAUCUUAUGGUGGACUUAUGGGGGAUGCCUUUGGGAAAGUUGGGAAAAAUUUGUUACAAGUUGCUGUCAUGAUCAACAACAUAGGUGUACUCAUUGUAUACAUGAUAAUCAUCGGUGAUGUGCUGUCUGGAACAACUGCUGAUGGGAUUCAUCACCCGGGUGUUCUUGAAGGGUGGUUUGGAGUACAUUUGUGGAAUGGACGCACUGCUGUUCUACUCAUCACUACAUUGGGCAUAUUUUCUCCCUUGGCCUGUCUGAAACGACUUGACUCUUUAAGCUAUACAUCAGCUCUCUCAGUUGCGCUUGCAGUAUUAUUCAUUGUCAUCACCAUGGGGAUUACAAUUGUUAAGUUGAUAAAUGGAAGCAUAAUGAUGCCCAGAUUGCUCCCUGAUGUCACAAAUAUGGCUUCAUUCUGGAACCUUUUCACAGUUGUUCCUGUUCUUGUCACUGCAUACAUUUGCCACUACAACGUUCACAGCAUAGACAAUGAGCUUGAGGAUUCGACUCAGAUAAAGCCAGUGGUGCGAACAUCACUCGCCCUAUGUUCAUCCGUAUACGUUAUGACGAGCAUUUUCGGCUUCCUUCUAUUCGGUGAUUCGACGAUGGACGAUGUGCUGGCCAACUUCAACACUGACCUCGGCAUUCCUUAUAGCUCAUUUUUGAAUGAUGCUGUUCGUGUCAGUUAUGCCGCUCAUUUGAUGCUUGUGUUUCCAAUUGUCUUCCAUCCGCUAAGGCUCAACUUGGAUGGCCUCCUGUUCCCCUCUUCGAGGCCUUUGAACCAGGAUAAUGUCCGCUUUGCAUCUCUCACCAUUGCUCUCAUCUCGGUCAUCUUCUUGGGUGCAAAUUUCAUCCCGAGCAUCUGGGAUGCUUUCCAGUUCACUGGAGCUACAGCUGCUGUUUGCCUUGGGUUCAUUUUUCCAGCUUCCAUUACUCUCAGGGACCGGCAUUAUAUAGCAACGUCAAAGGACAAGAUGCUGUGUGUGUUCAUGAUUGUGCUGGCAGUGCUGUCGAAUGGAGUGGCAAUAUACAGUGAUGCAUAUGCGCUGAUUAAGAAGAACUCGUCUCCUACUGCUUGAGAUUAAAAAAAAAAAAACUUGGAAUCCUGUGUGUUGUUAAAUUAAGAAUGUUCAAGAACCCUGAUUUUGGUUUAGGGAGUUGUAUUCUUGUACAAAAAGGCGCGCAAUGCAGAGUGGUGAUCGUUCGAUCACCUUAGGAGCCGGGGGGGCUGAACUUUCGUCAUAAACAUUUCCCUGGUGCUGUGUAAUAUCUUCUUCCUGGCUUUGCAUGCUGCUUUGGUUUAUACUUCCUGUACUGUGAUCCCAGAUUGUACCCUGAAGGAAGCUGUAAUAUAUACUUUGUGCUGUGUUCUCAUCUCUUUGCUGCUCGCUAUUCUUUUGACGUCAAGUAUAGCCUGCUGGCUUACAAUAUUAGUCAGUCUUUCAAGA